AAUGGCAGCAGAGGGCUCGUUAGAAUGGAAAUAUAUGCCCGUGACUGGGGUUUUAGUCGAUCAAAAAUCAAAUAAAGUGAUAUGGGAGCUGAAAUCUGAAGAUUCUAAGUGGCCAAAAGAUUUAUUUACAGUCUCCAUUUCCUAGUCGAAGGAGUUCAUGUCUGAUCCUGAGCUUGGAUGGAAUUGGCACAAAUCAUGGAACUUACCUGACAUAAAUUACACAUUAAAUGUACUGAUUAAUCAAGUAUGAAGUUUAAAAACAAUGAUACUACAAUGAGAGACUUUAGAGGAGGGAUUUUGGAAGUGUAAAUUUUUGUUAUCAAAAGAGGACUGAUUACUAAUCAAUACAUUAGUCUUGGGUUAAGAGGAAAUACCAAAUUAGCAUUAUUUGAACCUUCUAUAACAUUUAGUGGAUUGAAAUUUGCAACUACAUCCUACAAUAAUAAAGUAAUUCAGAAAUUUAGAUUUAGUACUCCAAGUUUAACUUUAUAUUUGUGUUAUCUUAUUCCAGAAAAGAAGAAGUUCUGAUAUUAGACUCAUAGAUCUCUUCAGAUGUGUUUGUUGACUCAAGAAAUAGAACUGGUCAUAACAGUAGAGACAUAUCCUAAGAAAUGUUUUUAGAUCUUUUUCCUCCCUAGUUAAUUGAUUAAAUAUUUUAUAAAAGAGAAAAUGCGAAACAGAACUGCAAAUUUAGUUAAAUUGAUAAAUCACUUCAAGGUUUUAUUAAUUACUACACAUCUCCUAACAUUAGGAACAAGAUUAAGCAUCCACUCUUCAUGGUUAUGAAGUUCCCUAAAUGUGUCAAAUUAUUCUUUAGUGCUAAUUUUAUAAAAAAGUCGGAGAGCGUAUUAAUGCAAGUGUUGUCCCAUUUAAGUUAAGUCAAACAACAAUUGAGCCAGUCAAAUGAGAUGAAACUUUUAAUAAAAGUUGAAAAUUCUAAUUAAAACACAUUAAAGAAAGUAAAUUUUAUUAAUAUAUUAUAGGCUCUAGAUAUAAUUAAAUAGUUGGAGAAUAAUUAUUAUGAAAUAUACACUCAAAGAGCCAACAUCCCCUCAGACGCAGUAGAAAUAACCGACAUCUACUCUUUAACUAGAGAAUACAAGAGGAAAUACCAACAUUUUAUCGAUCAUGCAGAAGGCAAGAAAUAAAAUGAAAAUUUUAAUGGCUCCAAGGCUCUAAAUGCCAAGUUGAAGCAAACCUAGAAAGGUCUUGACUAAAUUGUGUUCCAAGAUGACCCCAAAUAACACUUAAUUCAAGUGGCUGCUGACCGUAUGCAGCCUCUUUAAGGCCAGAUUCGUUAAAUAUCUAAAAAAAUAUAAUUAAAUCACCAACAACAUAGUAAAGAGGACCAAGGAAACCAAGCAGAACAAGUAAAAGACGAGAAGGAAUAAGAAAAUCAUGCUUAAAAUUUGUUAGAGAAAUAGGUAGUUUAAAAAGAUAAGUAAAUUUAUUAUUUUAUUUAGAAUAAUGAAACAGGGCGCUGCUAUGAAUCCUAAUCUUUAGAAUAACCAAUUUUAAGCUCCUGAAGUAAUAUAAUCUUUAUGUAGAUCUUCAAUCAAUUCUCCAAUCUUUAAUACUGUAAUGCCUACCAAUAAGAUUACAACUAAUUCCUAUAGUGUUACCAUAACAAUCAAUCAUAUGGAAAUUUUAAUUUAAUGUAUCCCUAUUAUUACCACCAAUAUCAACCAAAGGAAUGA